ACAGGUUGUUGACGAUGGUUUGAGCUAGGGUUUCAAUCUGUUCUGUCGUACCCUAGUGACCUAACUUCUACGGCCGUUGACGACGAUGCUCCACUCGACCAUCCGCCGCCAUCCUCUUCUUCCUUUGCCCCAACUCCACCGCAUUUUCUUCGCCACCUCCACCUCCUCCCCCUUGUCAGGCGGCGGCACCUCUUCUCGCGAGCCUCACUUCAUGGUCGAGUAUCUCGUGAACUCGUGCGGACUCUCUGUGGAGGAGGCGUCGAAGGCCUCCAAGUACCUCGCGCAUCUCCGAUCGACGGAGAAUCCCAACGCUGUUCUUGCUUUCUUCAGAUCUCAAGGCAUUGAUGGCGCUAAUCUCCGGAAGAUGAUAUCCUGGAAACCAGCGUGCCUCUGCUACAAUGUGGAAUCAAGCCUCACCCCGAAGUUUCAAUUUUUACGCGACCUGGGGUGGUCAAAAUCCGACCUCGUUGAUGUCAUUAUGAGGAACCCCACCAUCAUAUUCUUCAACAUCCAGCAUACUCUUGUCCCCAGAUUGAAUGUAUGGGAAAACCUCUUUGGAUCCAGGGAGCUGCUCGUCAAGAAUAUUAGGAAGGGGAGUUGGUUUUUGAACACCAGGUGUGAGAAUGUGGUACGUCUUAACCUGAACUUCUUACGGGAUGAGUGUGAUAUUCCUCUCGAAAGGGCAUCAUUUGUCCUCAAAAAACAACCAACUUUCAUUGUACAAAACCCAAACUCAUUACGGGCUUUGGUAGAUCGAGCGGAAGGAAUGGGAUUUACUAGGAGAUCUCGAAUGUUCCUCUGGAUCCUUGACAUUCUGUUUAAGACCAGCAGAGAAAAACUUGAUGCGCACUCCAAGCUCAUGAGCAACUUUGGGUGGUCGAACUCGGAGUUCUGUACUGCGAUUGGAAAAAAACCUUGCUUUUUAAAUCUUUCCACUGAUAUCUUACGGAUAAAGAUGGAAUUUUUGAUCAAGGACAUUGGGUUCACCCCAUCCAGCAUUGCUGAACAGCCGUCACUUUUAGUAUUCAGUUUGAAGAAGAGGAUGAUUCCUCGAUUUCAGGUGAUGAAGAUAAUAAAAUCAGAAGGGUUGUGGACUUCAAAAGACAAACUACAUACAUUUUUCAUAAUGCAAGACCCAAAAUUUCUGAAGAAGUAUAUUCUUCCUUACAAAGAUAAAUUCCCCAAACUUCUGGAGGUCUUGUGAGCUGUAGCUGAAUGAUAGUCGGAUAAUUGAAACUGCAAAAGAGAACAAGGAUGUUGAAGUAAUCUUGUAGUUUUGGGAAUUAUUUUAGGUUUUAAGGGAUAUAAUUGGUUAUGAGAAAGACGGAACUCUCCACCGGGUUCUGGGUUUCGGCCGAUCAACGCCCCCACGUCGGCGAGCUAUGGGGAUAUGGCAACUGGGCACAGGGACCUUUGCAUGCUCCUUGUCGGCGUGAUCUCACAGGCUAGGAAUUCCGGCGGCGAUGCGAGAUGGAAAAGGCAAGUUCAUAUCCCUAUGGUAGUUUGAGAUCCAUGAGGUAAGGGAGAGUAACUUAAGAGAUGAUGAAAUGCUUACCUGUGAGGUUUGAUUGAUUGUUUGGUCUACGAUUCCAGGUUUCUGUGACGAAUUUGCUUGUCUUGUGUUUUCUUCGGGUUUCCGCAAAGGAUUUGGGGGUCGAUGAUUGGGUUCGGAGUUGGGAAGAAGGGAUGUACUAGCUAAGCAUUGCGAUUCGUUUUUCCCUUUGAGGUUUCUGUCUCCUUCGGGAUUCUUUCAGGUCCAAUUUGAUCUUGUGAUCGCUGGAACUUUGGACAGUUUUGAUUUGUAAGCUGAUUUUCGAGGUUGCGAUGGUUCUUCUAUGUGGUUAGGAAUUUCAGAUCAGGUGUUUCUUGAAUUGUUGAUUCAGCUUCUGUUCUGAGAUUGUGAUGUAUUUUGUGUUGUUGGCAUUUCUGUGAGUAGAUUUUUGUAAAUCUUAGUUCGAUUCUUUUUCCUCUUUGAGAUUGUUCUUGCUUCCUUAUGGUGUUUUGUUUCAGAUCAGUAAUUGAAAUGUUGAUUUUGGCUCUCGGUUCAGAAGUUACGAUGCAUUCGUGUGUUGAUUGUGUUCCAGAUGGUUCUUUGGGGAUUAAGCUUGGAUCGAUGAUGUUCGAUUUUCUAUUGCUUUCGAAGGACUUGGACAGAUUGCAAGUGCAUUUUCUUUAUGUUGUUGGUAUGGAUUCAAGGAGGUAAGGGUUGAAUGUCUUGGAAGAGUCGAAUUGCUUAGUUCCAUGAUGUCCGAAAGUAGGAUUUGGUUGCGAACCGAUUUCCAUUGAUGUUCUGGUUUCUUCUUGUGAAUUAAUUCGGGUUUCUGCACUAGGUUAGGGAUGAAUGGUGGAAAAACGAUGUCUGUUGAUGUUUUUGUUUUCUCCCUAAAGUUUCGUUCAUUUCUUCUAAGGACUCGAAUGUUGGAAUUGAGAUAUUGUUUUGUUCCCUCUUACCGAUUUGGAAUUCCCCUUGUAUUUUCAAGGGCUGUCGUUGUUUGUUUCAAUUGCUGCCAGUGUUUUAUUUUCCAUUUGUUGUUGUGUUUUAUUUGCAAUAGCUACUCUUAUUCUUCAUGGCACCUUCGGAUUUCUGGGACAAUUCAUGAGAGAAAGAAGAGUUCUUGCGGAGUAUUCUUGUUUCCUUGUGGUUACUGAGAAUGGUUGGACAGAUUUUGGUUGUUUUGGUUUCUCCUCGAUGCUUCCGAGUUGCUGAACGGUUUUUCUUUGGGGGAAUUAGAUUACAGGUCAAGAUGAUCUCGUUUCUCUUCGUGGUUUUCCGAAUUUCUCAACAGAUUGUCGUGAUUUCGAUGGUGAUUGAUAACAUUCUUGCUAUUCAUGGUUGUGUUAUGCAAUUCUGAGCAGAUUUUGGGUGAAUUCCACUGUGAUCGAGGAUGUUCAUGUUUCUUCUAGUGAUUAUGAAUUUGUGUGGGACAGAAAUUUGGUACAUUCGGCUAUGGUCAUAGUGUUCUCGUUUCUUCUCGCUAAUUCCGAAUAUGAGGGUUCAAUUUCGAUAUUGUUCUGUUUUCCGGAAUAUUUGGGAAUUAGGUGUGGAAUACUGCCUUCUAUGUUUCUUCUCGCUAAUUCCGAAUAUGAGGGUUCAAUUUCGAUAUUGUUCUGUUUUCCGGAAUAUUUGGGAAUUAGGUGUGGAAUACUGCCUUCUAUAUUUUGCUACGAUGAGUUCUACCCAAUGGCUUUGAGGUUUUGGAAAGGUUUUGAAUUGACUUUUGGGUAUGCAUGUUUCUGUCGUUUUUCCUCCAAGUAGAAAUGUUUAUAGAAUGAAUGAAAUGUGUUAUUGAUAUAGGUAUAAUGUGGAUUGGUUAUAUUUAUAUGUGGCUAAUUGGAUAGAUAGGAGCAUAUGUGAUGACAGUACGGGUUGGGUGACUCGGGAUGAGCUCCGGGGAGGAUCCUUCCAAAUAUGAUUGAUAUUGUGAGGAUGUUUCCCAGGAUAUAACGAAAGGCCUACGGACUGAGUAGACGAGGAGGCGGGAUGGACGCGUGACACUGUCCAAGCAUUUUAGGAGUGCAGAAUUUACUUGUCCUAUUGUGAGAGGUUCUUAUGUUUGAGGAUUCAUUGACUCUUUCUAUUAAACUCUUGUUUGAAAAGCUAUCAUUAUACGUAAUAAGAGAUCAUUUCGAUAGAA